CGCAAGCCCAACACGCGCACCGUUUUCAAUGUGUGUACCUCCGCACAUUCGGUGCCCGCUCGCCCAAAACGCUGGUAAGAUCGGUGUUUAGGCCUAUACAAUAGUACCUGCAUGAUAGCAAUACCUAACGAUAUAAUAACAAAAUAAUAUUGUCAUUACAAUUCGUUGACGAGCUACGCGUUAUGCGACGUUAUACGGACGUCCGUCGGCUAAUAUCCGGAUCGGCUGUGCGGUGUGCGUAGCUGCGCUUAAACGGUUCGCGUACGCCGGAAGUCCACCGAGACCGCGCAGCGCCGUGGACGUACGAUUUUGGCACUCGAUCCGUCUCCGUCAUGGACAGCAACGUCGUGAACCGACAACAACAUCGUUUGCCGCUGACGGGCCGGCCGCAAAAAAUAUCGGACGCCGUCUCCGUCAGCCGCCGCUGAAGUGGCCGCCCGCAACACACCUAUCGCCGCCGCUUAAUCCUGCCGCCGUAUCCUGUGCGUCACGCAAAUUCUAUUCAAGAUGGCUCAUUACAAACAUAAAGUGUUCGAAGAAGAAACGUCAAGCAUGGGAUCGGUCCAUUUGACAGAAGGAGUUACUACGUCUUCCACUCAUAUACGUUUUUAUACGGGGAAGCCUAAAAACAUUAUGUCCAAGUGGAAAAAUAGAACUUUAUUGGAAAAAAUCCUCCUCGUCGUGUGUUUUACUACUACUACACUGUUGAUAAUUACAUUUUUCAAACAAAAUGGAACCGAUCAUUAUCCCAAUCAAAUGAAUCCAGUUGAAGUAUAUGAAGACACUGGGUCUGAUAAUGCCGGACAAGAAUAUUGCCUGAGUGAAACCUGUGUGUUCACGGCAUCACUAGUUCUCCGAGGUAUGGAUAAAAAAUCGGACCCCUGCCAAGAUUUCUAUAAGUACGCUUGUGGUCAAUGGAUUAAAUCUAAUCCCGUUCCGGAUGGUCGAUCCAUGUGGGGAAUGUUUAAUGAACUGGAAAUGAACAAUCAGUUAGUUGUUAAAAACGCUCUCGAAGCAUUACCACCAAACUACGGCAGUAAAGCCGAACUUAAGGCCAAGAUGUACUUUACGGCUUGCAUGGAUCCUAAUGAUACAAUAGAAGCGUUAGGUGCGAAACCGUUGAAUGAUCUUCUCGACAAUAUUGGUGGAUGGAACAUAUCAGGAUCAUGGAAUAUGUCCACAUGGAAACUUCAACGAACACUGGAAACACUCCACAAUCAAUAUAAUAUGCCUGGAUUAUUCUAUUGGAUAGUAGGGGAAGAUGACAGGAAUUCUAGCAGACAUAUCAUACAGAUCGACGAGGGUGGGUUGACUUUGCCAGCUAGAGAUUGUUAUCUUAACAAGACGGCUAAUCAGAAGUUACUGGACACAUACUUGGAGUAUAUGACAACGAUAGGAACAUUGUUAGGAGGUGAGCCGAACGCGACAAGGGCCCAAAUGAAAGAUGUUAUAGAAUUUGAAUCUCGUUUGGCAGAGUUUACUGAGCCCGACGAAAACAAGCGUGACGAAGAAAAGGCUUAUCAUUUAAUGUCCAUCAGCGAACUCCAGAACUUGGCACCGUUUAUUCAGUGGAAUCAUUAUUUCAACUCGGCAUUUCGUUAUGUCAACAGGAAAAUAACGAAUAAAGAAAACGUAGUCGUGUAUUCUCCAUCGUUUCUGGCAAAUGUGUCGAAACUAAUCGACGAAUACAGCAAAAGCCCUGAAAAUAAAACGGUUAUCAACAAUUACUUGAUUUGGCAAACUGUUAGGACAGUAACACCAUACUUAUCGAAAGUCUUCCGAGAUGCGUACAAAGGUCUACGGAAGGUGCUAUUGGGAUCAGAAGGAGGAGAAGAACCUUGGCGAUAUUGCAUCAGCGAUACAAAUAAUGUGUUAGGGUUUGCACUGGGAGCACUGUACGUCCGUGACGUCUUUCACGGGCAGUCGAAAAAAUUGGCUGAAGAAAUGAUUAACGAAAUAAGGACUUCGUUCAAAGAAAAUUUCAAAAAUUUAGAUUGGAUGGACAAAGAAACGUUGAUAGAAGCUGAAAAAAAAGCAGAUGCAAUAACUGACAUGAUCGGUUUUCCCGAUUACAUAAUGGAUUCAAAUCAGUUGGAUGAAAAGUAUCAGAACUUGACUGUUCGUCCAGAUGAAUAUUUUAUGAAUAACAUACGUGCCAUAAAAUUUAACUUGGAACAAUAUUUGGUUAAGCUCGAUCAACCAACUAACCGAACCAGAUGGAGCAUGACUCCUCCAACCGUAAACGCAUACUACACACCGACCAAAAAUCAAAUAGUUUUUCCUGCCGGAAUUCUGCAAGCACCGUUUUUUGAACAACUGCAACAGCCUUCCGUCAACUUUGGAGCAAUGGGAGUCGUCAUGGGACAUGAACUAACUCACGCAUUCGACGAUCAAGGUCGAGAGUUCGAUCGCUUUGGGAAUCUUCAUCAAUGGUGGAACAACAAGACCGUGGAAAAAUUCAAAACGGCUACAGACUGCAUGAUCAAACAGUAUUCUAAUUAUAAAAUCAACGGGAUCAAUAUAAAUGGGAAGCGAACGUUAGGUGAAAAUAUUGCUGACAAUGGUGGGUUGAAGGCCGCUUACCGGGCGUACGCCAAACGUCUUGAGGAGGGUAGAGCUCAUUCGUAUAGACUACCAGCCGUCCAUCUCACUACCCAACAAUUGUUUUUCGUCAGCUUCGCACAGGUGUGGUGUUCGUCGAGUACUGACGCAUCCUUAAAGUUACAAAUCGAAAAGGAUUUACAUUCACCGUCCCAAUACAGAGUAAACGGUCCGCUAAGCAAUCUCGAAGAAUUUUCCAAAGUAUAUAACUGCGAGUUAGGAACCCCAAUGAAUCCAGAAGAAAAGUGUAUCAUUUGGUAAACUGAAAAAAAUCCUAUACAUCUAGGUAUAUCUUAAAGCAUUUAAGUUGAUUUUUUUUAAAUAAAAUGCCUUUUUGUGUUAAGUUUCCAAACGGUUUUCAAACAUAGAUUAGAUAAACGAUUUGUUUUGAAAUAAUGAAAUCAUUAUUAAUUUACCGCUAUGUACAGGUUGGCAUUAUAAACUUGCAGUGAUACUCAUAAAUCUAAACCACAAAAGUCAUUUUACUGUAAUGAAAUUUUAAUGUAAUAAAUAAUUACAUAAAGUAUAUUAUAACAGCUAUUAAGGUAGGUUAUUUAUUUCAAAAUAAAUCCAUAAUUUAAAGUUUAAAACAGUUGGAAUUGUUUACAAUAACAACAGCUUCACAUAAUAAUAUAGCGCCGUGCCAAACGUUUUCAUCCAUAAAGGACAAAUACUAUAUUUUAAAGUUAUAUUAUUUAAAUUAAAUGCAUAUAUAAUUUUUAAAUUGUACAGGCGGUCUGAAAGCGUUGGAUUUUUAAUGUGUAGUGAAAAAAACGACCGGUGCUGUAAUAAAAACAUUACAUUAUGCGUUCAUCGUUUUUUAUGUAUAACUGCCAUUAUACAUUUUCUUCGUUCUAGUCAAUGUGAUGAUUUAAUAAAUAUUGUUUUAUAUAGUUUUAAUUUUCAGUCAGCUGUAAUGAAAUACUUGUAAGCACAUUAAUGUUUACUUUUUUAUAACCCUAUUUAUUUUAACUUGAUUUUUUGUUACCAUUGUUUUUACUUUUAACUAUGCAAUUUU